AUGGCGCGCACCAAGCAGACCGCCCGCAAAGCCACCACUGUGCAGGCCCCCAGGAAGCCCGUGGCCAUCAAAGCCCCAGGCAAGAGGUUGCCACCUACAGGAGGGAUCAAGAAGCCCCACCGCUACAGGCCUGGCACUCAGGCGCUGCGAGAAAUCAGAAAGUACCAGAAGUCCACGGAGCUGCUCCUGCACAAGCUGCCCUUCCAGCGCCUGGUGCGCGAGGUCGCCCAGGCCAUCAGCCUGGACCUGCGCUUCCAGAGCGCGGCCAUUGGCGCCCUGCAGGAGGCCAGCGAGGCCUACCUGAUCUGCCUCUUUGAAGAAAACAACCUGUGUGCCAUCCAUGCCAGGCGCGUCACAAUUAUGCCCAGAGACAUGCAGCUGGCCCUCCGCCUCCGCGGAGAAGGUCAUUAG